AUGGGAGACUCCGGAGGACAAACGCGUUCGGGCUACGAGCGUCUGACUGCAGAAGAGAUGGACGAACAACGCAUCCAAAACGUGGCUUACCAGUACCUGUGCCGCCUGGAGGAGGCUAAAAGAUGGAUGGAGGCAUGUCUCAAGGAGGACCUUCCUGCCCCAACGGAGCUGGAGGAGGCCCUGAGGAAUGGGGUGCUGCUGGCAAAGCUGGGCCACUGCUUUGCACCAAAAGUCGUCCCCCUCAAGAAGAUCUAUGACUUGGACCAGGAGAGAUACAAGGCAACUGGAUUGCAGUUUCGCCAUACUGAUAACAUAAAUCACUGGCGUAAUGCAAUGGUGGAGGUCGGGUUGCCAACGAUUUUCCAUCCAGAGACCACAGACAUCUAUGAUAAGAAGAACAUGCCACGUGCGGUGUACUGCAUCCAUGCUCUCAGCCUUUACCUGUUCAGAUUGGGGCUGGCUCCUCAGAUUCAUGACCUGUGUGGCAAGGUCAAGUUCACAGAGGAGGAGAUCAACAACAUGAAGAGAGAGCUGGAUAAGUACGGCAUUCAGAUGCCAGCCUUCAGCAAGAUCGGGGGCAUCUUGGCUAAUGAGCUGUCUGUGGAUGAGGCUGCAGUGCAUGCAGCAGUGAUAGCCAUCAAUGAGGCGGUGGAGCGGGGCUGUGUAGAGGACACUGCUCAGGCCCUGCGGAACCCCAACGCCAUGCUGGCUGACCUGUGGGACGACCUCAUGCCUGUCUACCAGGAGAUGCUGCACCAGGCCCGCACACAAAAGGCUGCCCGUGCUUACACCAAGGUAAAUGGUUCACAAGAGAAGGACAUCUAUGAGGAGUACCUCACCCAGAGUGAGAUCCAAGACAAUAUCAACAAGGUGAAUGUGCGUGCAGCAGCGGAGCGUGUGGACGAGGCUCUGGAGUGCGGGGACUCCCUGGCUCUGCUGUCCGCCCUGCAGACCCCCUGUCUAGCCCUGCGAGGCCUGCACAGAGACCACGCCCCCUGGUACCUGGAGCAGCUGGCUGCUGACCGAGAACAGAAGGCCCUGGACCUGGGCUGUGUCGAUGCUCUGGACCGUGAUGAGUUGCAGGAGGGGGUCUAUGUGGCAAACGAAGAAGCACAACGUUCCCACACAAUGGAGAAAGCUGUGCACAGCAUUAACGAGGCCCUGCGUCGAGGCGAUGCCAGGCAGACCGUGCGUGCCAUGAUGAACCCUGAUGCCCAGCUCCCAGACGUCUAUCCCUUUGCCUCUGAGUUGUACCAGCGGGAGCUGGCCCCCCUGCAGGAACAGAGCCCUCAGGGGGAGCUGCAACAGGAGGAGCUGUUUGUGGCAGUGGAGAUGCUGUCUGCAGUGGCUUUGAUCAAUCAGGCACUGGAGGCAAAGGAUGCUGGUGCCUUCUGUGCAACGCUGGUCAGCCCAGCAGCAGGGCUGGCUGACAUUGAUGACAGCUUGGUUCAGAGGUACUUUGAGGAGCUAUGCAUGCUGAAAAGGCAGGCAGGAAGAGCCUUGCUGACAUGGAAUGAGCUCCAGGGGGGACUCAAUGCUGUUAACACAACAGCGCAGGAAGAACAUGACCGUAUCCUCAGUAUUGGGUUGAUCAACCAGGCCCUGUGCUGCAGCGACCCGCAGCAGACCCUGGCCGCCUUGCUGCUGCCCUCCAGUGGCCUGGAGGAGGUAAAUCCACUGAAUGCCAGGCGCUACCAUGAUGUGUUGACCCGAGCCAAGAGGCGCAAAGCAGAGGAGAGCUGUGAUCCCUCAGCCGAGCUGUGGCUGGCUGACAUCCAGGAAGGAGUGAGGAGAGCUAACCAGGACACUCAGAGAGCUCUGAAGAUGUCCCUGGGCCUGGCGGCAGUGAACCAGGCAGUGAAGGAGGGCAAAGCGUCGCAGACGCUGCGAGUUCUGCGUCUGCCAGAGGUGGCACUGCGCAGUGUGGUAGCAGAGUGUGCUGGGGGAUACCAGGCUGAGCUAACUGCCCUGAUGAGGGCCAGAGCCAUGGGGGGUGACAACAGAAGCCCCUGGCUCAGACAUAAGAUGCAGGAUGGGAGUUCCUAUUAUUUCCACCUGCAGAAGCUGGAGGGCACCUGGGAGAGACCCCAGGGCUUUGUUCAGAACAGCCUGUUCCUGAUACACGAUGAGAUACAGGCAGUGCUGUCCAGCGUGACGGCGGCACACAGUCGCGAGGUGCAGUGGAAGGCCAGCGAGCCCAUGCUCCUGCAGCUGCAGGCCAGGAUGCGGGGCUACCUUGUGAGACAGAAACUGGGCGCCCGCCUGCACUUCCUGCACACUCAGCUUCCAGCCAUCGUAACCAUUCAGUCCCACUGGAGGAGGUACAGACAGCAGCAGGCGUACAGACAGAGGCUGCAGUACCUCUACCAGAACUGGAGAGCAGCAGUCAAGAUCCAGGCCUAUGUGAGGAUGUGGCUGGCCCGGCGGAGGCACCUGGCCCGGCUCAGACACUUCAGGAGGAAUGUGGGUGCUAUUGUUAAAAUUCAAGCCUUCUUCCGAGCGAAUAAGGCCCGCGAGGACUACAGAAUGCUAGUACACUCCCAUGCCCCCUCCCUCUCGGUGGUGCGGAAGUUCGCUCACUUGCUGGAGCAGGGUGACUGCGACAUCCGCCAGGAGGGGGAGCUGCUGCGCCUGCGGGAGGAGGUGGUGCGGACCAUCCGCUCCAACCGCCAGCUGGAGGCCGAUCUGGACCUGAUGGAUCUCAAGAUUGGCCUGCUGGUCCGUAACCGGGUCACCCUGCAGGAGGUUGUGUCCCACUACAAGAAAUUGACCAAGAAGAACAAAGAGCAGCUCUCCGACAUGAUGGCUCUGGACAAACACAAGGGCCUGAAGUCUCUCAGUAAAGACAAGAGGGAGAAGCUGGAGGCCUAUCAACACCUGUUCUACCUGCUACAGACGAAGCCCCUGUACCUGGCCCAGCUCAUCUUCCUGAUGCCCCAGAACAAGAGCACGCGCUUCAUGGAGACUGUGAUCUUCACCCUCUUCAACUACGGCUCAGACUGCAGGGAAGCCUACCUCCUGCUCCAGCUCUUCACUGCAGCCCUGCGACAUGAGAUCAAGCUGAAGGUGGACCAGCCCCAGGAGGUGGUCAUGGGGAAUCCCACCGUUAUUAAGAUGCUUAUCAGCUUCUACCGCCACGCUCGUGGUCAGAAUGCUCUCAAGGAAAUCCUGGGACCUGCCAUCCGAGAGGUGCUGCAGGACCGGGCCUUGAGUAUCCGCACCGACCCAGUGGAGAUCUACAAGAGCUGGAUCAACCAAACAGAGUCCCAAACUGGUCACAAGAGCUCCCUGCCCUAUGAGGUGAGUGCUGAGCAAGCUCUCAGCCACCCCGAGGUGCAGCGCCGUCUGGACAUUGCCAUCACCAACCUGAAAACCCUGACUGAUCGUGUGCUCAACGCCAUCACCACAAAUCUCCACAAACUGCCGUACGGGAUGCGCUACACAGCCAAGGUCCUGAGGGAGGCGCUGCAGGAGAAGUUCCCCCAGGCCAGCGAGAAUGAGCUGUACAAGAUCGUAGGGAACCUGCUGUACUACCGCUAUAUGAACCCGGCGAUCGUGGCUCCGGAUGGCUUCGACGUGGUGGAGUUCUCUGCGGGGUCGGCCCUGCUACCGGACCAGCGCCGCACCCUGGGCUCCAUCGCCCGCAUCCUGCAGCACAGCGCUGCCCACAAGCACUUCCAGGGCGACAGCGCCCACCUGCGCGCCCUCAACGACUACAUCACCCUCACUCACGCCAAGUUCAGCAAGUUCCUGCGUGCUGCUUGUGAUGUCCCAGAGCCAGAAGAACGUUUCAACAUCGAUGAGUACUCCGAAAUGGUCAUCCUCAACAAGCCUGUUAUCUACAUCUCUAUCAGUGAGCUCAUCAACACCCACAAGCUGCUGCUGGAGCACCAGGACUCCCUGUGUCCAGACCCCUCUGACCCUUUGUUGGAGUUGCUGAGGGACCUUGGGAAGGUGCCCUCCAUCCAGGCUAUCAUUGGGGAGGGAGUGGUAAGCCCUGGGGACCCCAAUGCAGAACAGAUCCUGGCACAGUACAGCAAAAUGGAGGUGUCCCUGACACUCACAAGCAAGUUCGACAUCUUUCGGAACUCUGACGACCGGCCAGACGCCAGGGGAAUCCUGCUCAGCACCAAGCAACUUAUCAUCGACGUGAUACGGACGCAACCUGGGGAAACACUGACUGAAGUGCUGAAAGCCUCCAUCUCUCAGGACCAGGAGGUCCAGCACUGCUGGAUGAUGCAGCGGCGCGCUGAGCGUGACGCCCGCACCCCGGAGAAGAUGAAGAGGAACCAGUCCCUCAUCGCCGACGGCAACCUGUCCCUGGAGGAGAAGAAGAGGAAGAUCCAGCGCAGCCUGAGGAGGCUGGAGGCCCUGGGAGUGCUGACCCCCCCGGACACAGAGACCCAGAUCCUGCAGCUCAUCGCCAAGGACAUUCGCCACCAGCGUCUGUACCGGCAGCGCCGGCAGGCGGAGCUGGUGAAGCUGAGGCAGACGCUGCACAGCCUGCACUGUAAGAGCUCUUUCUACAGCGAGCAGGUGGACUACUACAGCCAGUAUAUCACCACCUGCCUGGACAACCUCACUACCAAAAACAGUAAGGUGAAUGGGAAAAAGGCACCGGAGAGCAAGGGGAAGAAGAGCAAGCAACCAACCCUGACCUAUACCGCCGCCCGGCUACACGAGAAGGGUGUCCUCCUGGAGAUAGAGGACCUUCCCAUCACACAGUUCAAGAACGUGAUCUUUGACAUAGUGCCCAGUGAAGAAGGGGGCACUUUCCAGGUGAAGGCUCGAUUCAUGGGAGUGGACAUGGAGAAGUUCCCCCUCAAAUACCAGGACCUGCUACAGCUCCAGUAUGAGGGAGUUGCUGUGAUGAAGAUGUUUGACAAGGCCAAAGUCAACGUCAACUUGCUCAUCUUCCUCCUCAACAAAAAGUUCUUCAAAAAGUGAAACGGUGC